CUUGAUGCGGCACUACUACGAGGAGCUUGAGGAGGGGCAAGAUCUUUGCGCCGCGCUGGAGGACCGAUACUACGAUAAUGGCGACAACAUCACGGACGACGCUAACAACAACAACUCCAUUGCGAACGACGCCAUCAAGACCAACAGCUGCGACAACAACAAUCUCAACUACAUCGCCGAUAACCACAACCACAACAACAACAACAAUAACUACAAUAACAACAAAACCAACAACAACAACGAUGACAAUAAUGAUUGUACCGAUAACGACGACGACAACGAUCACCCCGAAGACGGCGACAACGCUCUCAUUGAGGCCAUCAACAACAACAACAACAACUUCAGCGACGGGGACAACAACAACAACAACAACAACAAUGAUAACGGCAAUAACUGCGAUCUUCGUGAAGAUGAUACUAAUGUGCGCAUCGAGGUCAUCCAGGUCGUCAACACCAAUGACGACGACAAUAUCAGCUAUGAAGACAACAACAACACUAAUUCGGACGGGAGCGAUCACCUUUUUGCGGGUGAUAUGCUAGCAUUCUCCAGGAUGCACCUACUGAUCGGUGGGGGUAGGCCUCUUUGGGAGGGGAUAUUUCUGCGCAUGCUGAUGAGUAUCUGGCGCUGCUCGUAUGGGCGAUAUACUAUUGCAUCGCUUCCAUGGGAUCCAGGAGGGAGGGUCGCAGGAUAGGACAGCGGGCUUAGGAUUGAGGAUGCCCUUAUUUCUACCCUCUUUUGGUAUCUGGAGGGGGACGCUAAAAUUGGUAUA